AUGGCUUUUGGUGGUCCAAUGCAACAAAAUCCAGUUGGAAGUUUAGCCGAUUUAACUGGUGAAUUUCCAGGUGGUUAUUAUAAAAUUGAUCAUCGAGAUACAAACACACUUCUUUCAGUCACAUUAUUACCAAAUGGACAAAUCUUUACUCAACCAGGUGCAAUGGUUGCUAUGACUCCUGAUGUUACGCUUAAAGGAAAAUUAAAAUUUUCUUUUAGAAAAAUGAUUACAGGUGGUGAAAUGUCUCAAACAACUUAUACUGGUCCUGGAGAAAUAUUAUUUGCACCACCAGUUUGGGGUGAUAUAAUAGCAAUACAUUUAGAUGGAAAUACUCGUUGGACAGUUGGUAAAGGAGGAUAUUUAGGAAUGUCAGAUGGAAUUACAAAAGAAACAAAAUCACAAGGUUUAGGUAAAGCAAUAUUUUCUGGUGAAGGUUUAUUUGUUCAACAAUUUAUGGGACGAGGUGUUCUUUUUAUUACUUCUCUUGGUGGAAUUGUUCAACGUCAUUUAAAACAAGGUGACCAAUUAAUUGUUGAUAAUGGUCAUUUAGUUGCUUGGACAUGUACAUAUUCAAUAGAAAGAGCAGGUGGAAGUAUUUCAGCUGGUGCACAUUCUGGUGAAGGACUUGUCUGUAGAUUUACAGGACCUGGAAUUAUUUAUAUUCAGACUCGUAAUCCAGACGCUUUAUCAGAAUGGAUAGCUGGUCAGGCCCAUCCUAGACAAUAA